AUGGUAUCUACACGAGGUUUGGUGGCUGUAUCAGUGAUCUUAUUGUACUCCAGCACAUUAUAUGGAAUAUAUUUGAAUUUCCCAGAGUUGACAGAGUAAGUUAAGUUUUUUAAUAUAUUUUUCUGUUUUUAGGAAGGAAAAAGAACAGUUCAAGUAUCCGAGGAAUUUGGAUGAUGCUAAAAACCUUGGCAGAGUUUUGUCUAAUUACAAGGACAAGUACUUCUACACUGUUUUGGCUGGAGUUACGUGUGUGUAUGUAGUGUAAGUUAUUCUUUACUAUUUUGAAUAUUUUUUUUGAUUUUUUAAUAACCGUUUUGUUAUUAAGUAAAAGCUUUUUAAUAUUUUUAUAAUAAAAAUCAAAUUUUUAGGUAUCAAAAAACAUUUUUUGAUAAAAUAAGUUGUUGUUUUGUCUAUAUUGAUGCUAUUUUAGAAUAUUUUAGAUUACAAUCGUUUGCUAUACCCGGGUCGAUCUUUUUAACCAUUUUGAGCGGAUAUCUGUUUCCAUUUUAUGUGGCGUUGACGUUGGUUUGCACUGUAAGUUAAUUUAAGGUUUUCUUUUUGUAAAUUAUAAGCCAAGCUUUAUAUAAAGUAAAGAUUAAGUGUAGUAACUAUAAAGUUUGUGUUUGGUUUUAUAAAAUGAUAUUGUUUUAGUGCUCAGCAUGUGGUGCAGCCGUAUGUUACUACCUAUCGUAUUCUCUGGGAAGAAACUUGGUGAUGAAGUAUUUUCCGGAAAAGCUGCUUUCUUGGCAAAAUGAGGUGAGAUUUAGGGUUAUGUUUGAAUGAAGAUUUACUCUCUUUCAUUAAGAAAAAAGUGCUUUUUUCGAUAAAACCAAAAAAAAACUUUAUGUUUAGGUAAUAAUUAGGAUAAAAUGGUUAACAGAAACAACAAGUGUUAAGAAAACGAAUUUUAGAUUAAAAAACACCAAGACAACUUAUUAAACUACAUAAUCUUUCUUCGAGUAACUCCAAUUUUGCCAAAUUGGUUUAUUAAUAUUGCGUCUCCUGUGGUUGAUGUCCCCAUAUUGCCGUUCUUUUUUGGCACUUUCUUUGGUGUAGCGCCACCUUCGUUUUUGUUCAUUCAAGCUGGCACUACUCUACAACAAAUGACGAACGCUAAUGUUGUGUGGAGCUAUCAGUCGGUGUUAACUUUGGCAUUUUUUGCGUUUUUGUCUAUUGCUCCAAUAUUUUACAAAAAGCUGAAAAUUAAGUCUGAAUAA